AUGGAGAGGUUUCUUGGACUUUUGUUGAUGCUAAUCGGAACUUUGUCCAUCAUUCAUAUAGUUCAAGCUCAGAGCCAACAAGAGUUCAUCAGUUUGGAUUGCGGGCAACCCGAGAAUGAACCGUCUCCUUAUAAAGAGACUGAGACUGGAUUAGAGUUCUAUUCGGACGCAAUAUUCGCCGUGAGUGGAGAAACUCAUAGUAUCCAAGCAAAUCGAGAGAGUGAGUUCCCAAAGCCAUACAGGUCGCUGAGAUAUUUUCCACACGGAUUACGGAACUGCUACAAUAUACCAGUCGAGAAGGGAAGAAAUCAUCUGAUCAGGGCUAAGUUCAUAUAUGGAAAUUAUGAUGGUUUUGACAUUAGCCCCAACUUUGAUCUGUAUCUUGGACCAAAUCUAUGGGCCACGGUAGACUUGUAUAGACAAGAGAAUGGUACAACGGAAGAGAUGUUACACAUCCCAACAUCAGACUUGUUGCAGAUUUGUCUUGUUAAGACGGGGCCAACUACUCCAAUAAUAUCCACCUUGGAAAUAAGGCCGAUGGGAAACGACACUUAUAUCACCAAGUCUGGUUCUCUGCGUCUUCAUACUCGACUAUAUCUAAGCGAAACAGAGAAAUUGUUAAGGUACCCGGAUGAUGUCUAUGAUCGCGAAUGGAACGCGUACUUUGAAAAGGAUAAUUGGACCGAGCUGAUAUCCACCACUCGCGCUGUAGAAAAUUCCAACGACUAUGAUCCACCAAAAGCCGCACUUGCAACUGCAGCCAUACCUACUAAUGCCAAGGAGCCAUUAAAACUUGAAUGGAGUAAUCCGGAAAAACCUGAUGACCAGUAUUACUUGUAUGGACACUUUGCUGAGAUCCAAGGCUUGGGAAGUAAUGAUACCAGGGAAUUCAACAUGGUAUUGAAUGGGAAAGUUUUAUCGUCAGACCCUGUGAUUCCUAAGAAGUUAAAGGUAACUACUGUCUUAAGCGUAUCUCCAAUGACAUGCGAUGGAGGGGAAUGCAGUUUGCAGCUGGUAAGAACCAACAGUUCAACGCUGCCACCUCUACUUAAUGCUUUUGAAGUCUACACAGUUAUUCAGUUUCCGCAGUCCCAAACGGAUGAAAGCGACGUGGUUGCUAUAGAAAAAAUUGAAUCCACCUAUGAAUUGGGAAGAAUCGAUUGGCAAGGUGAUCCAUGCGUCCCUCAGCAGUAUAUGUGGGACGGUUUAAACUGCAGCAACACGAAUAUCUCCACACCACCAAGAAUCACUUCUCUAAACUUGUCUUCAAGCGGCUUAACUGGAAGCAUAGCAGCUGCCAUUCAAAAUCUUACGCAACUAGAAAAGCUGGACUUGUCGAAUAAUAGAUUGACCGGAAAAGUGCCCGAGUUUCUAGGAAAGAUGAAAUCAUUGUUCUUCAUAAACAUAAGUGAGAAUGAUCUUGAAGGUUCAAUUCCUCAGUCUCUAGAAAGAGAAGGACUCGAACUACAUUAUCAAGGAAACCCAAUGCUUUCUUCCUCUGGUGUGAAUGUUCUAGAUGCAAUUGUUGCAUCAGCUGGUGUUGCAGCCAUCCUCGUUGUCGUGCUGGUUCUUUUUCUAGUUUUCAGGAAGAAAAAGCCGUCGAACGUUGGAGUUGUUCACCCGCCACCGAGUACGCCAACAGUGAAUGUUACAUCAGUCGAAAUGCAGAAGAGAAGGUUUACUUACUCAGAGGUUAUGAAAAUGACUAAUAAUUUUGAAAUAAUUAUCGGGGAAGGAGGAUUUGGCGUUGUCUGUCAGGGUACUAUAAAUGGUUCCCAACAGGUAGCUGUUAAAGUAGUGUCUCAAUCAUCAACCAAAGGCUAUAAAGAGUUCACGGCAGAGGUUGGUCUUCUUCUGAGAGUUCACCAUACGAAUUUGGUAAGCCUUGUCGGAUAUUGCGAUGAAGGAGACCACUUGGCCCUCGUCUACGAGUUUGUACCCAAUGGAAACUUAAGACAACAUCUAUCAGGAAAAGGAGGUAGAUCCGUCAUCAAUUGGGCUACUCGGCUAAAAAUAGCUGUAGAGGCAGCACUAGGUUUGGACCACUUACAUACUGGAUGCACACCACCAAUGGUUCAUGGAGAUGUCAAAACUACAAACAUAUUGUUGGACGCGCAUUAUAAGGCCAAACUCGCUGAUUUUGGGCUCUCGAGAUCAUGCCAAGUUGAAGGUAAAUCUCAUGUUUCGACGGUGGUUGCUGGUACUCCUGGUUACCUUGAUCCCGAGUAUCACCAUACAAGCCAUUUGGGUGAGAAAAGCGAUGUGUACAGUUUCGGGAUUGUGUUAUUGGAAAUGAUCACAAAUCAACCAGUGAUUGAUCGAAACCGCCAAAAUUCUCACAUAACUCCAUGGGUUGAGUCUGAACUUAAGGGAGGAGAUAUUACUAAGAUCAUGGAUCCAAAGCUUAACGGGGACUAUGAUUCUCACUCUGCCUCGAGAGCUCUUGAGCUGGCAAUGUCUUGCGCCCAUCCAACUUCAGCAAAUCGACCAACCAUGUCUCAUGUUGUCAUCGAACUAAAAGAGUGUCUGGUGCCUAAAAAUUCGGGGGAAAAUAUGAGUCAAGGCACGGAUUCACUGAAGGCCUAUUCGUUUGUCCAUUCAGAUGGACCAUUGAGUUCCUUUAAUAUCACAGAUUCACAAGUCUAA